AUCUUUCUAAUUAAUCUCUUCUCUCUAAGAAUAAGUUGCUUUUGUGUGAUAGAAGACCAAAUGUAAGAAUAGCAGUAGUAGUGUUGGAGUAUAUAAGCUGAAGCCUCACUUUACUGACCCUAUUGUGUAGAACUACAAGUUAUUUGUUUGAGUGAAUUCUUUUCUUGAGAAGUGCUUAUUUUUAUACUGUCUUUGUGUUUUUGUUUUUGUUUUCUGUUCAGAAUCAGACACCAUUCUGUGUUCUGUGUUCUCUAUAAUAACCAUUCUCUCUCUCUCUCUCUCUCUCAACAAAACAAGUUCCUAAGCUUGGUUCGGACAUUGGAUUUGCAGUUAAAGUCCUCUAGAGAGAGACCAAAACUUUCAAAUUCCAUUCUUUUCUCUCUACUCUCUCUCUCUCUCUCUACAUUCUCUUCUUCAUUGUUCUUCUUUAAGAGUGUUUUUGAUUUGUUCUGCAUUGUUUCAAAAAUGGUGUGUGACCAUCUUUGAGUAAUAGAGGAUCACCACCACCAUCAAAACUGUUAUGUCUCUAUCUCUUUGAGUAAACACAUAAAAAUCAGAACCAGAGAGAGAAACAGAGAAACAAAGAGAGAGAGAAUUCAACAGAAAAAACCCGUAUUAUAAGGGUUGUUUUUAUUACUUGUACUUUCAUCUCAUUCUCUACUUUUUCAACUUUAACCCUUCUUGAAGCAACCAACUUCAUUGUUUCAACACAAAAAACUAUAUUAGAUUGAAGAAACAAAAUCUAUAUGAAGCUGUAUCAACAAUGAGAGAUGAUAACUUGAAGAAAAGCAAGCUUUCAUGGCCCAAAACUUUGGUCAAGAAAUGGUUUAAUAUCAAGAGUAAAAAUGAAGACUUUCAAGCGGAUGAUGAUGUUCUUUAUGGAGGUGUUGAUGAAGAGUGGAGGAACAACUGUUCAAAGAGGGAAGAAUGCACUAUCAAGAAAAGCAAAAUAGAAAGAACAAAGAGAAGACAUUCAGAAAGAUCGCGGCGAUGUAAGGUUGAUCAUGAUGCAGCUCAGGUUACAGAUAUGAAUCAUUAUAGAAUCUUUUCGGCGACUUGGAAUGUAGCUGGACGAUCUCCUCCGAGUUAUUUAAAUCUGGAAGAUUGGCUUCAUACAUCUCCUCCUGCUGAUAUUUAUGUUCUAGGGUUUCAAGAAAUUGUACCUCUCAAUGCUGGAAAUGUUUUGGGGACAGAAGACAAUGCUCCUGCUAGAAAAUGGCUAGCUCUUAUUAGAAAGACACUAAACAGUCUUCCCGGAACAAGUGGUGAAUGCCACACUAAUUCACCACUUCCUGAUCCUGUUGUUGAGUUAGAUUCUGAUUUUGAGGGAUCAAUGAGGCAGAAGGCAACCUCUUUCUUCCAUCGCAGGUCGUUCCAAUCUUUGAGUCAUAGUAUGAGAAUGGACAAUGACAUGGUGGUGCCACAAGCAUGCCUUGAUCGCCGUUUCAGCGUCUGCGAUAGAAUGAUAUUUGGUCAUAGCACAGGUGACUAUGAACAGAAUUAUAGAUGGGGUUCCUCGGAUGACGAAAACGGGGACUCUCCAGUUGUAGCGCAAUAUUCACCGAUGUUGUAUAGAGGGUCUGUCUCUAUGGAGGACAGAGAUAGACAGACAGAGAACUCGAGAUAUUGUUUGGUUGCUAGUAAGCAAAUGGUUGGGAUAUUUCUAACAGUUUGGGUGAAAAGCAAUAUUAGAGAUGAUGUUCGCAAUAUGAAAGUGUCUUGCGUUGGCAGAGGUUUGAUGGGAUACCUCGGAAACAAGGGUUCAAUAUCAAUUAGCAUGUCUUUGCACAAAACGAGCUUUUGCUUCAUAUGCAGUCAUUUGACUUCCGGACAAAAGGAGGGGGAUGAGUUAAGGAGAAACUCAGAUGUAAUGGAGAUUCUCAGAAAGACAAGGUUUCCCCGGGUUAACGGCAUUGGCGAUGAGAGCUCACCUCAGACUAUUCUGGACCAUGAUCGAAUAAUUUGGCUGGGAGAUUUAAAUUAUCGGAUUGCCCUUACUUACCGUGCAGCAAAAGCUCUUGUUGAGAUGCAUAAUUGGAAGGUAUUGUUAGAGAAUGACCAGUUGCAUAUUGAGCGGGAACAAGGUCGUGUCUUUGAAGGAUGGAAUGAGGGGCAAAUAUACUUCCCUCCCACAUAUAAGUAUUCAAACAAUUCGGACAGAUACACAGGCGAUGAUAUACACUCAAAACAAAAGAGGAGAACUCCAGCAUGGUGUGAUCGGAUCUUAUGGCAUGGAAGAGGCCUCCGCCAAUUAUCUUAUGUUCGUGGCGAGUCAAGAUUCUCUGAUCAUAGACCAGUUUGCAGCGUGUUCCUGGCAGAAGUCGAGUCUGUUAGCCGUAACCGAAUCAAAAAAUGCUCUAGUUGCUCAAGUUCAAGGGUCGAAGUAGAAGAGUUGUUGCCUCAUUCAAAUGGCUACAACUAUACCGAUUUGACUUUCUAUUGAUGAAAUGCAUCAAUAUUUAUUCUUUCUUAUCAACUUGAUCAAUUGAAGAAACUGAUGUACAAAGUGUAAAAUACAAGGUGGGCACUGCUAUGAGGAAUGCUAGCUUAGCCCCAAUUGUGAUGUAGACAUUCUGUUAUUCUCACAUUCUCAUAGAAGAGUUUGGUUUUUGUCUACAAUCACCAACAUUGGAUGUUUUGCAGCUAACAAUCUUUUUGGCGGUUUCUUUUAUCUAUACAAAUAGUAUCUCAAUUCUCAUUGAAAAUAAGAAACAAUAAAAAGAAAGAAUGCUGUGAAGAAUGCUCAUUGUUUGUGUUAGAAAAGACAUGUGCAAAUUUUGGUGGAUAUGAAGCUUCUUUUACUUGUGGAGGCUAAUGAUUUCACUGAGAACUAUUAAAGUGAAUGAGUAAAUUUAUUAGUUUUUCAAAUAUUUUUUUGUUUUCUCUUUUGUGAAUAAGAUGAAAGUUGGAACCAAAAGGAGAGAAAGAAAUGUGCACAAUAUACAUUGCUUUAUUGGCUUUUUAUCAGCUAGUCAUUAUUUGUACCAAAUUCCAAAUUAUGACUCUUUUAUUCUUUUGAAUUUUCUUUUACUUUCA